AUGAGCUCAGCAGUGAAGGCAGCGCAGACGACUUUGUCGGAGAACUUCGGUGGCGCUGCUCAUAAGUUGGCACCAGCAGAUACUAGGUUCUCGUUGGAGGAUGUUCCGGAUCAGACUGGAAAGGUCGCUGUUAUUACAGGUGGAAGUGAAGGAAUCGGCUAUGGCUGCUCACACACCCUACUCUCGAAGAACAUCUCCAAAGUCUACAUCCUAUCGGUCUCGAAGGACGUCGUCGACGGGGCGAAAGACGCAGUAUCAAAGGAACUAGGCGAAGACAAGGCGGGUCGCGUCAAAUGGAUCCAGUGUGACCUGAGCGACUGGGAUCGAGUUUUGGACGUCGCCAAAGAGAUUCAGAACUCUACAGACCGUCUGGAUAUCCUGAUCAACAACGCCGGGCGAGGGAUCAUGACAUACCAACUCACUUAUUAUGGAGUUGACCGUCACAUGGCUCUCAACCACAUGGGCCACGCGAUCUUGACCUCGAACCUGCUCGACCUGUUGAAGAAGACGGCAGAUGGUGGUGACACCGUUCGGAUCACCAGUCUUGCGUCGAACGCUCAUCAAGGCGCACCCAAAGACACCAAGUUCGAAAGCCUGGAUGAACUGAAUCAGGACCUUGGUCCCAACGGACAAUACGGCCGAUCAAAGCUCGCCGCUAUCCUCUACAGCAAGUACCUCGCCAACCACGUCACCAAGCAACAUCCCAACUUGCUCGCGAACGCAACCCACCCAGGCGUUGUAUCAACCAAAAUGUCGACCAACGACAUCCACGAGCCUUAUCCUCUAGCCGGGUAUCUGAUGUCUGCGGGUCUGGAGCUGUUCAAGAAAACGCAGUUUGAUGGCGCUCUUUCCACGCUGUACGCGUCGACGGUCACGAGGGACUCUGGGCAGUAUAUUUGUCCUCCGGCCGCUCCGGAGCCUGGAAAUGAGCUGGCUCAGAAUUAUCAGCUGGCGGAGAAUUUGAUGAAGUUGACCCGGGAGGUGGUCAGGGAGAGGGGUGGGAUUGAUUUGAAGGAUUGUUAG